AAAAAACAAAGGUGAAGGCCACUUCAAGCCGGAGUCAGGGUCAUAGCACCUGAUUUGUUUUGCUGUUUGCGUUCUUAUUACAGACUGUCAUCACUUCGCAAUAAAGAAAGGGGACUGCUAAUCUUUGAGACUACAAGUCUACCAUAGCCAGAAGCAUUGACGAUGUUGCGACUUCAGUCUCGUGCAAGCCAGCUACGUCAUGUGGCGAGUCUGCAGGUGUCAGAGGGGCCGGUCCCUGUGCGCACCCGCCCCUGCUUUAAACUGCCCCCUGGGGCCAAGUACAGCACCAUACGUUCAGCCACACCCUUUCCCCGAGACACUGACACCAUCACCAAACUUAUGGUUGCCAACAGAGGAGAGAUCGCAAUCCGUGUGUUCCGAGCCUGUACGGAGAUGAACAUUCGGACGGUGGCAAUCUACUCGGAGCAGGACAAAAUGCAUAUGCACAGACAGAAGGCAGAUGAAUCAUACCUGAUUGGCCGGGGGCUGCCACCUGUAGCAGCUUACCUCAACAUUCCAGAAAUCAUCAAUAUUGCCAAGGAGAACGGUGUGGAUGCAAUCCACCCAGGUUAUGGCUUCCUGUCGGAAAGGUCAGACUUUGCCCAGGCAGUGAUUGACGCAGAUAUCAAGUUCAUUGGUCCUUCUCCGGAGGUUGUGCGACGGAUGGGAGACAAGGUGGAGGCCAGGGAGGCAGCAAUAGAGGCUGGAGUGCAGGUAGUACCUGGGACCCCUGGCCCGGUGGACAGUGCAGAACAUGCCCUCGAGUUUUGUGAGACAUAUGGCCUUCCCGUCAUCUUCAAGGCUGCUUACGGGGGUGGUGGCCGUGGUAUGAGGGUUGUCAAAAAGAUGGAGGAUAUCGAGGAGAACUUUCAUAGAGCAACAUCUGAGGCCCAAUCAGCCUUCGGUAACGGAGCUCUGUUUCUGGAGAAGUUUAUUGAAAGACCAAGACACAUUGAGGUGCAAAUCCUAGGUGACAAGGAAGGUAAUGUAGUGCAUCUGUAUGAGCGUGACUGUUCGGUGCAGCGUCGUCACCAGAAGGUUGUCGAGAUUGCUCCUGCCCCGCAGCUGUCCCAGGAAAUCCAACAAGCCAUGACGACUGAUGCCAUCAGGCUAGCGAAACAUGUUGGCUACGAGAAUGCGGGCACUGUGGAGUUCCUACUGGAUAACAGUGGCAACUACUACUUCAUUGAAGUGAACGCCAGACUGCAGGUGGAACACACAGUCACAGAGAAUGUCACAGGUGUUGACCUGGUGCAGUCACAAAUCAAGGUUGCAGAUGGGAAGUCACUGCCAGAAAUGGGGCUUACCCAGGACAAGAUCUCCCUGCACGGAUGUGCCAUUCAGUGCCGUAUGACCACAGAGGACCCCGCCCGUGGAUUUCAGCCGGACACUGGAAGGAUUGAGGUAUUUCGAAGUGGUGAGGGUUUUGGUAUCCGGCUGGACAGUGCCCUCGGGUUUGCUGGUGCCCUCAUCACGCCCUACUAUGACUCACUGCUGGUGAAGGUGAUUGCCCACGCCCAGGACCACCACUCGGCCUGUGCCAAGAUGCUCCGAACACUCAAGGAAUUCAGGAUCAGAGGAGUUAAGACGAACAUCCCAUUCCUGCUGAACGUGUUGGAGCAUCCCCAGUUCCUGUCGGGUGUGGUGGACACAUACUUCAUAGAUGAGAACCCGCAGUUGUUCCAGUUCAAGCCAUCCCAGAACCGGGCCCAAAAGCUCCUAAAGUACCUGGCUCAAGUGAUGGUGAAUGGCCCCUCCACCCCUCUCGCCACUAACCUCAGACCCUCGGAGACCAUCCCCUCUGUCCCAGAGAUACCUUAUGAGCCGUCUCAUCCUGGCGAUCUUCAUUUGCAGAGGAAACUCCCUGAGCCCCCUAUGGGCUUCAGAAAUGUUUUGGUGAAGGAUGGGCCUGAGGCCUUUGCCAAGAAGGUACGCCAACACCAGGGCCUCCUGCUAAUGGACACGACCUUCCGGGACGCCCACCAGUCACUGCUUGCCACGCGAGUGAGGACACACGACUUGAAGAGAAUCUCACCAUAUGUGUCGCACCAGUUCAACAAUCUUUACAGCCUGGAAAACUGGGGAGGUGCGACAUUUGACGUUGCACUGCGUUUCCUGCAUGAGUGCCCAUGGGAUCGCUUGGACACGCUGCGGAAGAUGAUCCCCAACAUCCCGUUUCAAAUGCUGCUCCGCGGGGCUAACGCUGUUGGAUACACAAACUACCCGGACAAUGUUGUGUAUAAGUUUUGUGAUGAGGCUGUGAAGCAUGGCAUGGACAUUUUCCGCAUCUUUGACUCACUCAACUACCUGCCAAACAUCAUUGUCGGCAUGGAUGCUGUCGGAAAUGCUGGUGGAGUGAUAGAGGCUGCCAUUUCCUACACUGGUGAUGUGUCUGAUCCGACUCGCACCAAAUACAACCUUGACUAUUACGUUGACCUGGCCACCGAGCUUGUGAAGGCUGGGACUCAUGUUCUUGCCAUCAAGGACAUGUCUGGAAUCCUGAAGCCCAGAGCAGCCACAAUGCUGGUAGGAGCAUUGCGCCAGAAGUUCCCAGACAUGCCCAUCCAUGUGCAUACACACGACACUGCAGGAGCGGGCGUGGCAGCCAUGCUUGCCUGUUACCAGGCAGGAGCUGAUGUUGUUGAUGUUGCCUGUGACUCCAUGUCUGGUAUGACGUCCCAGCCAAGCAUGGGUGCAGUGGUUGCUUCACUAGAAAACACAGAGGGAGACACUGGAAUCAACCUGGAUGAUGUAUCAGCGUACUCCGCCUACUGGGAGCAGGCCAGGAACCUGUAUGGACCAUUCGAGUGUGCUGUCACAAUGAAGAGUGGCAAUGCUGAUACAUACAGGAAUGAAAUACCUGGCGGUCAAUACACUAACCUGCAGUUCCAGGCAUUCAGUCUCGGUCUGGCAGACCAGUUUGAGGAGGUGAAGAAGAUGUACGUAGAGGCAAACAAACUACUUGGAGAUAUUCCAAAGGUGACGCCCUCGUCCAAGGUUGUUGGUGACCUGGCCCAGUUCAUGGUGCAGAACAAGCUGAAUGGCAAGAUGGUGGAGGAGAGGGCAGAGGAGUUGUCUUUCCCUGUCUCUAUCAUUGAAUAUUUCCAGGGCUACCUAGGUACUCCACCUGGUGGAUACCCAGAACCACUCCGCACCAGGAUCCUUCAAGGCAAGCCUAAGAUGGAAGGCCGUCCUGGGGAGAGCCUGAAACCUCUUGACUUUGACGACGUGAAGUCAAAGCUUGUAGAACAGCAUGGGAAGAUUGUACGUGAUGUUGACGUGAUCUCAUCCGCACUCUACCCCAAGGUGACCGAUGAGUACCUGGAUUUCAAGGAGAAAUAUGGUCCGGUAGAUGCCCUCAACACUCGCAUGUUUCUAGUUGGACCCAAGGUUGCUGAGGAAAUUGAGGUUGAGAUAGAAAAGGGUAAGACAUUGUCCAUCAAGACGUUGGCUGUCGGAGAUCUGGACAAGGAGGGCAAACGGGAGGUGUUCUUUGAGCUCAACGGACAGCUCCGCUCCGUCUUCAUACGAGACAACGAGGCUACAAAGGAGAUGCAUUUCCACCCAAAAGCUUUGAAGGGAGUCCAUGGUUCUGUUGGAGCCCCGAUGCCAGGAACUGUUAUUGAGGUAAAGGUCAAGAAUGGGGACAAGGUGGUGAAAGGUCAGCCUCUGCUGGUUCUCAGCGCUAUGAAGAUGGAGAUGGUGGUGAAUGCACCCAUGACGGGAAUUGUCAAGAACAUUAUGGCACAGAAAGACAUGAAAUUGGAGGGUGAUGACCUGCUGAUGGACAUUGAUAGUGACUAACAUGGAACUGUAGGACCUGUGUCUGAACAACAUGGAACUGUAGGACUUGUGCAUGGUUUGAUAUGGAUGGUUGUCAAUACAGGAAAUUACAUAUAUGUAGGUGUGUAAUUAGGAUUGGAUUUUUGAGUAGAAACAAAUUAACUUUGUCCAUACUGGAAAGUAUAGCUUUGUGGUAAGAAAAUAUUCUUUUUGAGUAGCAUUAAAAUGCCAUCUUUGUAUGGUUCUUGUAUUUAAAAGAUGAAAUUGUGGGCCAGAACUUAAAUAUGUAUUGUUGGCAAUUAUGCCAAAAUUGUUAUGGUUAUUGUUUCUUAGCUCUGUGUGUUUGUUUUGAAUUAAUCUGAGAAAGUGGGAAGUUGUUAGUAAAACAUCAUGUUUAGUUUAAUUGGUUGUUCAAUGAAAAAAUUAACCCCGCCCUCUUAAUGAAUAACAAUCCAUUAAAAAUCCCAAUCUUUAAUGAACCCCAAUCACUUAAUGAACCCCAAUCACUUAAUGAACACCAAUCUUUUAUUGAACCCCGAUCUUUUAAUGAACCCUAAUCACUUAAUGACCCACAAACUCUGAAUGAACCCCAAUCUUUUAAUGAACCCCAAUCACUUAAUGAACACCAAUCUUUUAUUGAACCCGAUCUUUUAAUGAACCCUAAUCACUUAAUGACCCACAAACUCUGAAUGAACCACAAUCUUGGAGCCUCAACAAGCAGAAGUAAGUCAUAUAGGUUGUAUAGUAAAAGUAACGUAUGACUGCAAGUAGAAUGGCUGCGCACCACAGUGUCACAUUCUUUGAAGAUCAUAGGUAUUAGACUGGGAUUUAAAAGCCCAUGAAGGCGGUAAAGGUCAGUCACGAAGAACAUUUAAGGUUGUUUACAUUACUUUUUAUUUGGAAUAAUUAUACUUGAUGCCGAAAUCGGAUCAUUUCAAGAUGUAACCAGAAGACCAAUGUCUGAUUGUCAUAAUUCAUGAUGGCUUUUGAUGAAACAGAAAUUAAGGAAAUUCAAUAUUACUUGGUAAUUCUUUGACAUUUUUGGUGUUGUAAUAUAAUAGCUUUGUAAUAUAAUAGCUGUUUACCUAUACUAUUUUAGCUUGACUAUAAAACUGUACCAAUAGGUUUUCAAGAUUUUAUUGUACUACCUAGUUACAAAUGGUUUGAAAAACAAAUAAAAUUGUAACAUAUUUUAUUAUUCAGAUAUGGGCAUUAAGCGCUAUUUCAGUCAUCAUAUAUUUGUUGCUAUACAACCUUUCAUGGUGACUUCCAUUGUUGGUGUUAAAAGUAUAUUGUUGUGUUCAACCUGUGUGAACUUUCCAAAAAAGUAAUUAAAGACAAUCAAUAUCAGUAGCCAUACAGAAUGAAAGAAUAUUUUUUGUCAUGUUCAUGAAAGUUUUUUGAUUAUUUUACAACUAUUUUACAAAUUUUCAGAAUUGUUCAACUUAUAGAUUUACAAUACCCAUGUUAAUGUCUACACAUUUUGGUGCAUUUUUGUUUUAUUUCUACUGUUUAUAAUUGGUGCACAAUACAGAAAUCAGCUGGUACUGUUUUUAUUUGUAUACAUUUAAAUAUACUAAACACUACAUUACAUAACAUACAUCAUGUAGUGGCUGGAUCUGAAACUCAGCUUGAUCUGAAACUGCAGUUGUUUUGUUCAAGUACAGCUUGAGAUACUUAUUCCUUUCAACAGCUGUAAGUAACCAUCAUCGUUCAUAUGAACAGUCAAAUCCUAGUCGCUAAAACCAUGUACAUGUCAUCUUGGUGAUUGAUAGUUGGCCAAGACAAAAAGGAAACUUCAAAAGCAGAUGGGCCUUCAACGGCAAAUUACUCUUGUUCACAGAACCAAAUGACAAGCAUACAUGCAGGAAUAUUAGUAUUUUACCAGCUUUUUGUUAAUUUAGAAAUCAAAAAUAUUCGGAGUGUCCUGCCUAUUUCUUUCCAUGAAGAUUUCUUCGUAUUCCUGAUUGUUGGCAGUUAGCAACGUGAAGAUUAAGAAUGUGGAUUUUUGCUUAAUUCUGAAUCCUGUUAACUCCAUAAUCUGUUCUGUGCAGGCAACUACAUUGUUACCAGUAAUAAAAGAAAUCAUGUCAUAAUUCAAAUUAAAUUGUACUUGCAAAACCAUGUUUAAUGUGUGAUAGUUAUGAUGAUUAAAUGUUUAAACAAUUGACUACACUAAUAAGUUAAGCCAUUAUUUAGAGGGUAAUACUUUAUCUGUUUUGUUGUACCCAAUGCUGCAAUGAUAAGAUAUUAACAGGUAUUUACUUUUACCUCAGAUCAUAAAGGCCAUUACAUUUAUUUUGUUACUUCAUAAUGAUGCUUUGUAUACUUGAAUGAGUGGAUGGUUUGCCUGAUCGUUAUAAUUCUCCAUGCAGGUCUCCUAUAGUUUUAAAUAUUUAAGUAAAGGAACAAUAUUUAUUUCAUAAAGCAAUAAAUCAGCACUUUAGUUGUGGUUUUAUGUUUAAAAAAAAUAUAUUGUAUUCAGACUUUCUUCUAUGUAGUUACUAGAAAAUGUAUGAGGAUAGAUCUAUAAUUUUAUUUUAUACCUGUUCAAUUUCCGUUAAAAUAUUGCACGAUUUAAACCUGAAUUACUGACACUAGGACAGACUUACUCUGUUUUCUGAAUCUGUACCACAUGGUAGCAUACGCAAACUUUCUACCAGAAAAUUCAACAAAAGAAACUAAAUGUUUACCAGUCAAAUUUAAAUAAUUAAAAGUAAAGGAAAUCCUGUUAGUCAGUUCAUCUGUUGUUUAGCUUAUUUGUGUUCAGUUGAUUUGUGGGAUUGUAUUAUGGAUGGUUGUAUUUUUUACAUUGUAUUUAGCAUAUGAUUAUAAAUCUAUCAAAUGUUGUUCAUUGAUUAGAUAAGUUUUGAUUGAUUUAAUAUGCCUGUAUAUGUCCGGCUUGUAUACAUUGUUCAUUGUUGGAUUCACUUAUUAUUGUAGCAGUUGUCAUCACCUAACAAUAAAAUCUGAUAAACCAUCAA